GCCCCUUUACUCCUCGCCCUCAUUGAUGCUUGUAUGCCAACUGAGCCCGCGGGGGACGCGGUGACCUUCCAGGGUCUGUUCCUUCAUUCAUCCGCUUUAUCACACUCGUUCUUGUGUUUGCUUUUUUCUUUGGCUCUGGCGUGUGUGUUUCAAACAUCCGUUCUCUUAUCCCAUCUAAUUCUCCUUCCCGGCCGAAGACUUGUUGUGCCUGGCCAUCCAACGGCGUCGGGCACCGUCUACGGAGUCAAUUGGAGGAAGUUUUCAAAAUUUCUUCUCUAACAUCCCAUGCCUUGUCACUCCUUUACAAUUCCUUACAGCUAUUGCUUAAUCGCGUCAUGCCCGACCAUCGGUGGCUUCGACUGAAGGCGAAGCUCUGGCGGCGAUCGUCGACAUCCUCCGUUCCGGCCGCCACCACCGCCAGCACCGAUGGAUCUGCUGGGUCCAGCGACUGCAACUUCAGCUCCAGCUUCUCCCACCACGAUCACCACCACCAAAACCAGCACCAGCACCACCACCCUCCUCCCUCUCCUCAACAUCCCCACCACUACGGUAGUCCUCCGACCCCUUCGUCUCUCCCCCACGAUUUCGCCAGUCGAGACAACCACAACCGUACCGACAACGACAACGGACAGCUGCAGGACCCAUCGGCUAACGUUUCUCCGUCUGCCGAUCAGCAAACUGCCCGCCGCGCACAAUCCUGCCAGACUCUGUCUCGACCUCCCGACGACGACGGUCGCCCUCCCAGCCACCCGGUUGCUUCGGAUCAUCGUGAUCCCCUAGCUUCUGCUGCUGUGGGCGACAUUUCCCGGUCGCCGAUCCCGAGUUCUAGCCGAGGACAGCUUGAAGCUCUUCUCGACGACACCCCAACCGCAAAGUCCCGGUCAGAAGAUACGGUCGAAGAGCAACGCGAAGAGAAUCGCCCGUCAACCAUCCAGCAUACGGGCGCCGCAUCCUCCAGUGCAUCCCGACAUCCGCUGCAACGUAAGCCAGUCGAUCGCACCUCAUCCAGCAAACGUCCCACCUCAAGCCUGUGUUCGGAGCACGGUCAUCCCCCACCCGCAACGAGUCUCGCCCCCGAUCGCCUUCCCUCGCCGACCCCAACCCCUCCCCCUCCACCGAGCGGUCGCGCCAACUCCCCGUCUCUGCAGCUUGCUCUUAACGGUCCGGGCCCUGAACGCCUGGCAUCUGCGCCUCCGGUGGUUGAUUCCCAAUUACCGGUAUUAGAUGCAGUUGCGGAAAAUCCGUCCGCGGAAUCCACAACUUACCAGGUCGUGACUUCGACAACACCUGCGCCCUUUCCAAAGCGCCCGAGUCUCGGUUCUCGUCGUCAGUCGCUGCUUGCGCCGUCUCAUCAACAUUUGAUCAACAGCUUGCUGGACUCUGGGCCAACCGGUGAACCCGAGGGACUUGACAACGGUCGCUUCGCUACCUACGGGACAAGCAUGGUUCGCAAGAUUUGGGUCAAACGGCCAGGUGGGUCGGCCACAUUGGUUCCCAUCACAGACGACUUCGUGGUGGAUGAGCUGCGGGACCAGGUUAUUACGAAGUAUGCAAAUUCUCUGGGCAAAACCUUUGAUGCACCCGAUAUCGUGGUGCGGAUCUCGCCACGAGAAGGCUCCAAUCGACAGACUACGCCAGAUCGGAUCCUGAGCCCAGAGGAGUCAUUGCUUAAUGUUGUGGACGCAUAUUAUCCCGGAGGGCAAGUCAUUGAGGAAGCUCUCAUCAUCGAUAUUCCUCAACGGCGCACGCCCAAACCGUCCCCGCGCCCUCAGGUUUACUAUAAUCAAUCUGAGCCAGGCGAGCAUGGCGAUUACUUCCCCCUCAUGCCAGCGAACCCUACGGUCCCUACACCGCCAUCACACCCCAACAAUUCUUCCGCCAGCGUCAACGCCCAUCCGGCACCGUCGAUAUCGAUUCUGACAACCGGUAUGGCCCCUCCGCUGCCUUCGCCGGGAAGUCGCGCGAAUCGACACCCGCGUCGGCCGCCACUCACUCGCCAUACGACGAAUUCCCCUACGAUGCUAGGCCAGGUGUCAGCUCCGAAAGAUCCGAAUGGAGUACCAGGACCGCUAUCCUCUCAGCCAGUGCCCUCCAUUCCCACUCCUCCUGGUCCUCCCCCCGAGUCGCCUCAGGCCAAAUCGCUCACACCGCCUGCGCGCGGAGCAUCUCCACGGCCCCGUCCGUCUGCGCCGACCGCGAAACCGAAGAAACCAAGCGCGACACAGUCAUUGAGUGGCGCGUUUGGUGGCCUGAUUGAGGGCACUGUGCCACCGAUCAACGUCUUGAUCGUAGAGGACAACAAUAUCAAUCAAAGACUCCUGGAAGCGUUUAUGAAGCGUCUGAGUGUGCGUUGGAAGUGCGCUGCUAACGGCGCAGAGGCUGUGAAAAAGUGGCGACAGGGUGGUUUCCACCUGGUCUUGAUGGAUAUUCAGUUACCUGUCAUGAAUGGACUGGAUGCGACGAAAGAGAUUCGGCGACUGGAACGGUUGAACGGCAUCGGUGUGUUUCCCAAGACUGCUGAUGGACGGGCCACGGCCAGUGUGACUUCACCACCAGCCAGCGAUCCUCUGAACGAGGAAGACACCUUACACGAUCUGUCUUUGUUCAAAAGUCCAGUCAUCAUCGUAGCCUUGACGGCUAGCAGCUUGCAGAGUGAUCGUCAUGAAGCCCUGGCGGCUGGCUGCAAUGAUUUCCUGACCAAGCCCGUGCGAUUCGAAUGGCUGCAGCAGAAGGUCACGGAAUGGGGUUGUAUGCAAGCUCUGAUCGACUUCGAGGGCUGGCGCAAGUGGCGCGGCUACGCCAACGACAACUACUAUUUCCCGCCGACGGAAAGUCAUACAAGCCCCAUGCAAACCGGACCUGAUGUACCCUCGAAGGAACCAUCUCCCGCUCACACCCAGUCGCCGACUUCCGCGCUCAGUCAAAAUGGCAAGAAAGAGCGCAAGUCACUUCAUCUUCCCAAACCCAUUGAUGUUACACCGGAGGAUUCCUCCGGCAGCGGGAGCGGAGAGGGCCUGGACUCACCCAGCAGCCCUGUGACAUCUGUCCCAUUGUCGGGUACGCCAACUGAUGCAGACGCACUCUGAUGCAAGUCUGUGCUUUUCUUUCCCCUACAGCACCAUCUAUCGUACCGCCCACCCUUCCUCUCGUCCCCUUACAACCCUUUGCGCAACCAGCUAGUGUG